AUGAUUAACCUACUGUCGAACCCGUUACCCACUGCUGAUGGAACUGAAAAGUCGAAGGCCACUGCCUUAAACUUAUUGAGUGGCAAAAGGCCUCAUAUGAGAGGGUUUCACUUUGCAUGGCUUUCUUUUCAAGUAGCUUUCUUUGGAUGGUAUUCCAUCCCCCCCUUGAUACCCACAAUCCAAAGUGAUCUUAAGUUGACCACUGAUCAAAUAAACAAUAGUAAUAUCAUUGCCGUGUCAUCCACAAUUCUAUUUCGUAUAAUUGCCGGUUUAUUGUGUGAUCGUUUGGGUCCAAGACGUGUUAUGGCCUGCAUUCUUCUCUCUGGUUGCAUACCAGUCGCUCUUAGCGGUCUCGCUCACGACGCGACAAGUUUUAUGACUUUACGAUUCUUUAUCGGACUUCUCGGUUCAUCAUUUGUACCAUGCCAAUUCUGGACAAUGCAAAUGUUCGAGAAAAAUGCCGUCGGAGCUGCCAAUGCUUUUGUCGGCGGGUGGGGAAAUAUGGGGGCUGGAGUUACCACCUUGCUGAUGCCUUUAUUGUACGACACAAUCGCCUUAAGGCUUCCACCUCACCAAGCGUGGCGCGUCGUUUUCCUAAUACCCACCUUCAUGAUCAUCACGGUUGCAAUAUUGGUCUUACUCUUUACUGAUGACUGUCCCCAAGGAAAAUGGGUUCAACACGGAAAACCUGUCGAACGCGAAAUUCUCGAGUCCAACGAAAAGAAGACCGCCGGAGUAAUAAAGGUUACCGACGACCAGUCAGAUUCGGAUAAAAAUGACGAUGAAACACAAGCUUCACCUAAACCCGGAUUACAAGCAUACCUCAGAGCUGUACAGAAUCCAAAUGUCAUUAUGCUCAUGAUGAUGUAUUCGUGCUGCUUCGGCGUAGAGUUGGCUGUAGACAAUGCCAUUGCAACCUUCUUCCACAAUCAUUUUAAUCUUGGUCAAACUCUUGCUGGAACGAUCGGAUCGAUAUUCGGUCUUAUGAAUAUUUUCUCCCGUCCCACUGGUGGACUUUUGUCCGACUUCCUUUUCUCGAAAUUCGAAAUUCGCGGAAGAUUGGCCAUACA